UUGUGGAAAAGAAUUAUUUUGUCCCCGUUGCGUUAUCUGAGUCUGUGUCGAUUCUGACUGAACCGUCUGGUCUACGUAUACUCGGGUUUCACAACUCAUUUAUUGCGACACCUUUUGAAACCAACGAAAGGAAGCGACAAUAACCGUUACCAGACACAGUGUGUUUUUAGGGUUCUAAAGCCACAGUGGAGGUCGUGUAAUGACUAAGCGGGGUUCCUCCAAGUUGACGAUUGAAACUAUUUCUCCUUAUUUUACCCAAAAUAUACAAGCAGCUUCAAAAGAACUGGGAAUUUGUUGUACUCUUUUAAAAAAGGUUUGUCGUAAAUACGGGAUAACUCGCUGGCCAUAUCGAAAGAUCCAGAGCGUAGAAAAGACGAUCCAACAGAUAAAGGAAAGAAUAAUGUUCUUGGAAGCACACCUUACAAAGGAUACCAGUGGUAGUAUUCAUGUGGAAGUUCAGAAACUACGUAGAGAAUUGGUCGAAUUGGAAAGAAAAAGACAGGCGCUUUUGAGACCGGAUAAAGCUCUAAUUAAUCCUUACAACCUGCAACCCAACUAUAGAUUGCCGUUCUACUGGGGAGCAGAUGGUAUGCUUCCCCAAGUACCUUUCAAUUCAAGGAUCGAUCAAAUUGGGUUACCUCGAGAUAAUGAUUACUCAGUCUCGUGGGAAUUUCCCUCAGUCGAUGACUCUCCUAGUUGUUCCGAACAGACUUUGUCGACCCAUGUCGAAACCGUUGAAACCAAAGCUCCUGUAAAGUAUACUACUCAAAGAGAUGAUAGCGAAGCACUGACGAAGACCCAUAUGCAGCCUAUGUCUUUAGAAGAUGAUAGGAAGGAUAUUGGGUAUUCCGAAUCCUUUCCAUCUGAAGACCCGUUCCCAUUUUUUUAUCGAGACAAGAGAGAAAGUAACUCCUUUGUAGUCAGUAACGAUGCAGCCUUGCGAAUGACGAAUAACGAUCAGUUGAGUCGUUCCUCAGUGAAUCAAACAUGCGGAAAUAGUUCUUUUGAAGAACCUUCAUUGCACCAUUUUCUUUCCAGUCCCAACAAUAGCAAUUUAGAUCACUUACUUGCAGAUAGUACUGUUGGAGACUUUCUUGGUUUGAAAAGGAGUCGUGCUGAAAAUUUAUUUGACUGUUCUAGUUCAUUAUCGCAAGCUUUAGUUCGUAGACGUUCAGCAUCUUCUAUUUCGGGAGGAGAAAAGAGAAGAGGAGAGGAAUUUGUAUUGGAAUCAAGAAGACGUUUAUCACUUGCGGAGGAAAUGAUGUUGGGAAGAGCAAGUGACGUAGAAACUUUUCCACAAGAAGAACGUUUUCCAAAUUGGGAGACGAGGAAGAAUGAAAAUGAUAUUCAAAGUACAUUGUUCGGUCUUUUUCAACGAAUGGAUCAACUAGAGCAAGAAAACUUUCGAUUACGUAAUAAUCUGAAUCAUUUGGUUGCUCGUAUCCCUAAUCCUCAUGAGAAUGAACAACUCUAUUAAGAGUCGAAGAUGAGUUUUCCAAUGAAUAUAGACUUCAAUAUGAUC